AUGGAUUGGUAUAAUAAUAGAUCAAAAAGAAGUUCAAUAUCAACAGGCGCACCAUCUUAUUCCCCAGCAUCUUACGGCAUAAUGUCAACCACAACAUCAGGCACAACAUCAUCUUCUUCAAAACAUCCAACAGGAGGAGGACCGCAUUCCCCAUUCUCUCAACAACGAGCACAAUUUCAAUCAUCAUCAUCAAGUGCAAACCAAAUACCACAACUUAUAAAAACCGGUAUGAUGCCCAGUGGGUCAACCCCAACCUCAACCACAAAUAAUAAUUUAUUAAGUACACCCCCAAUACCCACAUCCACAUCCCCUUCCUUGAUGACAACUAGUAAUACCACCCCAUUAGAAAGAAAUUCCUAUUAUUUUAGUCAAUAUCCUUUAUUUGCUACCGAUUGGACUUGUUUAUCAGGUACUGAUAUUGAUUGUAUUGCUUUGGGAACAUAUAAAGAAGGAUUUACAAAUAAACUUGAGAUUGUUCAUGGGGUGAGUUAUGAACAUGAAUAUAAUCGUCGAGUUGCUGCCGCAGCUGCUGCGGCUGGUAUAUCUGGGGGUUCAGCCGCAUCGGGGUCAAUGUCAACUACUUCAUCUUCGAUAAAUAAUGAUAUUAUGGAUAAUGUGUCAUCCCCGGGAGGAACAUUGAUAUCUCAAGAUAUGUCAUAUAUAGGCACUGGUCAACAACACUACUUUGACGAUGAUAUAGUUGAAGGGUUUUAUUUUCAACGAGUUGCCGAUAUUUCAAUUGAUUAUCCUGUAACUCAUCUCCAAUGGGAUCCACAAAUGUUAAAAAAUGGUGGUGGUACCAAUGGAGGGGAAAGAUUGGCAGCAUCAAGUGAAGUAUUACGAUUAUAUAAAUUGAAUCAAGAUGAAGAAACGGAGAAAUAUUCAUUAGUACAAACUCAUACAUUAGCCAAUAAUACCACUAGUAGUUGUACAUCAAGUGCCAAUUCCCUUUCCAUGUCAUCAUCAUCCCAAAAACCCUCCACCACCGAAGACGUCAACACCUAUCCCCCAGUCACAUCAUUCGAUUGGAACAAGAUUGAUCCAAAUAUAUUAAUCACCUCCAGUGUCGACACAACCUGUACAGUAUGGGACCUUCAUCGAUCCCACCCUCGCGAUGAUCUAACCGAUACCGCCACCGUUAAGACCCAAUUAAUAGCCCAUGAUUCAGAAGUAUUCGACGUUAAAUUCAUUCAUAAAUCAACCAACGUCUUUGCAUCAGUAGGUAACGAUGGUUCAAUGCGAGUAUUCGAUCUCCGAUCCCUAGAACACUCCACUAUCAUCUAUGAACCCCCCGCCUUAUCCACCACCACAAGCACAUCCACCACCAAUACUUCCUCAAAUUGGAACUCGAAAGCGUUAAUCAGUCUUUCGACCUCCAAUAUCGACCAACAUCAUCUCGCUACCAUUGGGAUCAAUUCCAACCAGGUCAUAAUCAUCGACAUGAGAAUGCCAGGGUUGCCAGUCGUGACACUAGAUGGAUCCUUGGGGGGGAUAAAUCAUGCCCUGAUAAAUCUGAUUAAAUAUCAUCCGAGUUCGAAUUAUUUAUUGACGGGUGGUGAUGAUUGUCAGGCCUUGGUGUGGGAUUGUAAUCUGUUGAAAAGUGCCACUACACCCACGACAACAACUGCGACUCCGACGAAUAAUGAUGCUAGUAAUAAUGGGAGUAGUAGUGGUGGUGGGUCGAUUAUUGAUAUGCCGGUGUUGGCUUAUGAAGAGGAUUUGGAGGUGAAUAAUGUAUGUUGGAGAGGUGAGAGAGGGGAUUGGAUGGGGGUGGUUAGUGGGAAAGGAUUUCAAGCUGUGCUGAUAUAA